UGAAGGGCGCAGCAACACGCGUAUUGGGGAACUGCUUACUGAAGUGCUGGACACAAAAUCGUAUCAAAAGACGUUGGAAAACCGUUUGGGGCGCCAAGAAUUUCGUGUGGAAAAGUUUGCUGGCCGGGACCAUGCAGUUCAAAACUUGACCGGGCUGCCGUCGUAUUUAGCGUUGUCAACGAUUUACGGUGCCGUCUUUGGUGGCAAUAACCCAGAAUUGUUAGACACAAUAAUGAUUAAAAAAAGAUCGGGAAGAAAUCCGUACCCGGACCGCUCAAAGCAAUCUGGUAAUCCACUGGCCUUGAAUUAUUUUAAUCAGUGUUUUCUGACACUGAUGAAGCUGCGCACUGGGAUGACAUACGAAGUGCUUGGAGCGAUUUUUGGAAUUGAUUCUCGAACAGUUGGGGAGUAUUAUAACUGUUGGUUGGAAGUUAUGGACGAGCGGAUGAUGGCAGUGUUUCGUCAGUUUCCAUAUCGUAAUGUCGAUCCUUUGCCCCUGCCAGCUAAAAUUGCUGCCCUUUUCCCAAAGAUAACUAUGAUUGUGGAUUGUUUUGAGAUUAAAAUUGAGAAACCAAAAAACCCAGAUGCUGCACGAAAAUGCUGGUCCAGUUAUAAGAAGAGCUAUACAAUAAAGCUUCUGGUCGGCUGCGAGGCCGACGGUAAUCCCUGUUUUUUGUCCCAUCCGUACCAAGGAUCGAUUUCUGAUCCUGCCAUCGUGAAAGCAUCUGAGCUCUUGCAGAAGUUAACAUUUGGCGAUGUAGUUCUUGCAGAACGCGGUUUCCAGCUUACUGAAAUUGCCCGUAAUUUAGGAUUUCAGUGGAUUGUGCCGCCGAGCGUUGGAAAAAAUGAGAAUAUGUCUGCUGAGAAGCUGAAAGAUACAGCCGAGAUCGCUAGAGCCAGAAUAGUGGUGGAGAAUACGAUUGGUCGUGCCAAAACGUUUAAUCAAAUAAGGGGACCGCUUCGGAUAACUGAUCUUCAACGUAUUGACACCGAAGUCCGGGUUGUUUUUAAUUUAUGUAAAUUUCUACCACCGCUACGAGUAUGCGAAAACGAUGAAUUAAUCGACGAAAAUGGUGACACGUUUGACUUAAUCAGCGAGGAGGACGAAGAAAUGAGCACCGAGCUGUUGGCCCAGCUGACGCUGGAUCGCCUGUUGCUUAUCGAAUGCCCGGAUGGCUCCUAUGAACCACUUCCUUAA